AUGCUCCUAAAGUCUGGUUUUCUGCUGCUGCUGGUGAUCAGUGCGUCUGCGUCCUAUGAAGCUGAACAGAAUGACUCUGUGAGCCCCAGGAAACCCAGGGUGGCAGCCCAGAACUCAGCCGAGGUGGUCCGGUGCCUGAACAGUGCCCUCCAGGUGGGCUGUGGGGCUUUUGCCUGCCUGGAGAACUCCACGUGUGACACGGAUGGCAUGUAUGACAUCUGCAAGUCCUUCCUCUACAGUGCUGCUAAGUUUGACACUCAGGGAAAAGCUUUUGUGAAGGAAAGCUUGAAGUGCAUCGCCAACGGGGUGACGUCCAAGGUGUUCCUGGCCAUCAGGAGGUGCUCCACCUUCCAGAGGAUGAUCUCCGAGGUGCAGGAGGAGUGCUACAGCAAGCUGGACAUGUGUGGCAUCGCCAGGCGCAAUCCUGAAGCCAUCACUGAGGUGGUCCAGCUCCCCCACCAGUUCUCCAACAGGUAUUACAACAAGCUGGUGAGGAGCUUAUUGGAGUGCGACGACGAGACCGUCAACACCAUCAAGGACAGCUUGAUGGAGAAGAUUGGGCCCAACAUGGCCAGCCUCUUCCACCUGCUGCAGACUGACCAGUGCUCCCAGGGCCACCCGCGGGCUGACUUCGCCAGGAGACGCAUCUCAGAGCCUCAGAAGCUCAAACUCUACCUGAGGAACCUGCGAGGUGAGGGGACCAGCCCGGCCCACGCGAAGCGCAGCUCCCACGAGAGCACCUAA